AUACCUUACUAUCAGUAUAAAUAAGUAGAAGUGUAUAGCUUGAUACAACUUGAAUUAUUUUCAACAUAAUUUCACAAGUACGAUUGAGAACGCGUUAAUCCGAACUAUGGACAUCAAAUUGUGCUUUUGUAUUUUUUUACUUGGUACUUUGAGCCAGGUGGAUGCUGCUCCUAUCAAAGAAGUGGUUGAUAUCGUAAAAUCGUUGAUCCUAACUCAGACUCAACCAAGCGAACCGAGAUACCAUCGUCGUUCCACUCAUCGUAAGCAUGCAGUAUUAGACUCUCCGACUGAACCACCACCAACAACUACUGAGAAACCUACAACGACUGAAAAACCAACAACUCCUAAGAAACCUACAACUACUGAAAAACCAACAACUCCUAAGAAACCUACAACUACUGAAAAACCAACAACUCCUGAGAAACCUACAACUACUGAAAAACCAACAACUCCUGAGAAACCUACAACUACUGAGAAACCAACAACUCCUGAGAAACCUACAACUACUGAAAAACCAACAACUCCUAAGAAACCUACAACUACUGAAAAACCAACAACUCCUGAGAAACCUACAACUACUGAGAAACCAACAACUCCUAAGAAACCUACAACUACUGAAAAACCAACAACUCCUGAGAAACCUACAACUACUGAGAAACCAACAACUCCUGAGAAACCUACAACUACUGAGAAACCAACAACUCCUGAGAAACCUACAACUACUGAAAAACCAACAACUCCUGAGAAACCUACAACUACUGAGAAACCAACAACCACUGCGAAACCUUCUAUAAUAGAUCCAGAUAGUCUUCUUGAUGAAUUUUUCGGGUCCUGAAUAUACAAUGCCUGAAGUAUCAUUCCAUCUGUACUUAUCUAUCAAAACCAGGACAUAAAAUUUAUAAUCUGAUGUUUUUUGAUAAAAUAAAUGUG